AUGAUUCGAUCACGCUGUCCUCGUCCACAAGAAAAAUCCGAAUCAAUUGAAUAUCAUAUAUCCAAUUCACAAAUAUCAUUAUUAUUAUUAUCGUCAGCACCAAAAGCAUCUAAGAAUACUUCGAAUAAAUUCUCUCGACAUUCACGUCCAACUUUAUUUACAUUUUCAUCAAAUGCAACACUCAAAGAAAUUUUAUCAGACAAAGAUUUUAUUAAUCUAGCUUCGAAACAUUCAUCAAUAUCAGUAAUUACUACAGAUGGUGAUAAACAGGAAAAUGAUGCUCAUUUUGAAUUAGAUGGAAAAAUAUUAGAUGAAAAUCAACAAUUUUCAAGAUUUGUUUCAAAAGAAUCAUUUCUAUUAGUUAUUAAUAAUAAUAUUAAAUUAAAAUUUCAUGAAACAAAACGUAUUCAACCAAAUAUUGCAACCAUAAAUAUACAUCGUAAAGAUUUAAUUCGUCGUCUUCCAAUUGAAAAUGGUCAACGAGUAGCAUCUAGUGAGCAACUUAAAUAUCCAAAUGAAAGUUUAGAUUUAUUAUUUGAUACAUUACAUGGUGAAUUGAUCUAUUUAACUGAAUAUUUACAAAGUCAUUUUGGUGAAAGACAUCAAUUUAUAACAUAUCCAAUACAACAACAACAACAACAAACAAUAUCUGAUGAAAAACAAUGGAAUGAAUGGGAAACAGGUUUAUAUCGAAUGCAUGGAGAUCAAGAUGAUACAGUCAAUAUCGCUGUAGUUGCAGAUUGGGGUGCUGGGACAAUGGAGUCUGCACUUGUUGCUAGUGCAAUGAUGAAUGGUUUAGAUUUAACUUUUCAACAACAAAAAGCAACACAUAAUUUACCACAUUAUUCAAUUCAUUUAGGUGAUAUUUAUUAUGUUGGUUUACCAACAGAAAUUGAACAUUGCUGUCUUGGAGUAAAACCACAUUGGGCAGAUCGAGGUGUUCGAUGGCCUAUCGGACAAAAUGGUAGCUUUACAAUUCCUGGAAAUCAUGAAUUGUAUAGUCGUGGGUUUGGUUAUUGGGAUUACUUUUUACCAAACGUUGAAAAUGAUCAAUGGAGGAUAAUUGCACUUGAUACUGGUUACGAUUCAUAUUCAUUAUUAACUAUUGAUAAUCAUUCAAUUAAAUUACUACCAGAAUUAAUCGAUUGGUUAAAAACAGUUGUUGGUCUUAAUCCACAAAUGACUGAUAAACGUGGUUUAUUAUUUUUCUCACAUCAUCAAGUUAUUAGUGCUUGGAAUGAAAAACCAAAUACAGAUUUUCCUGAUCAAAUCGCAUCAUUAUUAUCAGAGGGAAAGACAGUUCUCUAUUUAUGGGGUCAUGAACAUCGGUUGAGUUUUUAUGAAAAACAAACGAUUGAACCAGUGAUAAAUUCAGGUAAAAAAUUAACGUUCUAUGGUCGAUGUAUUGGCAAUUCUGGUUUUCCGACAUUGGCAACAGAACUUCCGGUCAAAGCUCGUGAAACAAAACUAUUAUUUUAUGAUGAUCGAUUAUUUAAUGUCGAAGGUGAUCAUGCUUGGACAGAUAUGGCAUUAGGUUUUAAUGGAUUUGUUACAAUGAAAUUUGUACGUCCGAAGCAAUCAGGUGAUACAAGCUUAUAUUUAACUUAUAAAAGUUUAAGUUUGAAUGAAAAUGGACACUUAACAGAUGAAAACCCAACUAUUUUGGUUAAUGAAGAAUGGUCUGUUGAUUCAAAUGGAAAUGUUAUUCUUAAUAAAAUAGAGCCAAUCAAUCAAGAAAUUACACAAAGUCUACACAUUGCAUUGAGCGGACAACAAUCACCAUCAAAUGUAUCAACUUGCUGUACAAUCUCAUAA